AUGUCAAAAUUGGGCCCAAUUAGCCAUUUUCCCUUCCCAGUGUCAUGUGACUCGUUAGUGUUACAAAGUCUCAGGUGUGAAUGGGGAGCAGGUGUGUUAAAUUUGGUGUUAGCGCUCUCACUCUCUCAUAUAGGUCACUGGAAGUUCAACAUGGCACCUCAUGGCAAAGAACUCUCUGAGGAUCUGAAAAAAAGAAUUGUUGCUGUACAUAAAGAUGGCCUAGGCUAUACGAAGAUUGUCAAGACCCUGAAACUGAGCUGCAGUAUGGUGGCCAAGACCAUACAGCGGUUUUAACAGGACAGAUUCCACUCAGAACAGGCCUCGCCAUGGUCAACCAAAGCAGUUAAGUGCACGUGCUCAGCAUCAUAGCCAGAGGUUGUCUUUGGGAAAUAGACGUAUGAGUGCUGCCGGCACUGGGGAGCUAGAGUUCACUGAAGGAACCAUGCAUGUCAACAUGUACUGUGACAUACUGAAGCAGAACACGAUCCCCUCCCUUCGGAGACUGGGCCGCAGGGCAGUAUGCCAACAUGAUAACGACCCCAAACACACCUCCAAAACAACCACUGUCUUGCUAAAGAAGCUGAGGGCAAAGGUGAUGGACU